AAUCUAAAAAAGUACUUGCUACCCACAACAAAGAACAAAAGAAUGACGGCCGGCAAGCAAGGAACCAAUGCAAUGCAAACCAUUAUCAUAUCAAGCUAAUAAUAAGACCAAUUAAACGACUAAAAUCACCACAAUAAAGUUUAAUUUCAAUUAAAAACACUCAAAUAAGCAACCUUGAUACCAACUAACGUGACAUGGAAUCCUAACAUUGGUCCACAAUCUCACUUUUGGCCAAAAACCAUGAAACCUUCUUCCAAAAAUAUUCAUCACAAAAGUAUAAACAAUUUAUUUAUUUUUGAACAAAAAUAAAAAACAAUGUAUAUACAUAAAAAAAUAUAUAACAAAAUAAAAUCAAAAUUGCAGUACAGCCAAUAAAAUUAAAAAGCCGUUAAAUCGGUCCCAAUGUGGACCCCAAAAGCUACCAAUAAAAAAAAAAAAUUUAUUAAAAAGCCAAAAAAAAUUAUUUAUAUUUUAUGAAAUCAAACUUAGCUUUAUUUUUUCCUUAAUAUUCAAAAUUAGCCGUUGCAGUUACAACCUCCCCGUCACAACAUUUAAAUAUUCUACCCCUUCAACAAAGCAACCUCCCUCCCUCCCUUUAAUUCCCUCACUUUCCUCCGCUCCUCUACCACCAAAUUUCCCCUUCAUUUCCUCCCUCGACUUCGAAAAUUUUCCUAUUUUUCCAAUUACGAUCUCGAUAUCAUUAUUCGUAAACAAUAACAACAUUAUACGUUCUAUACAAUGUGUUCCAUUCUUCUUAACCCGAAAAGAUCACUAUCUACCCCGCUACUUUACCUAUCCAGUAGUGCUACGAAUAGCAGUAGUAGUAGUAGUAGCGAGGCAGCCGAGGAUAACCCGAAUAAUAUUGGUUAUCCUCGGCCGUUUGAGAUAAUGAAAAAUGUGGAAAAGUUAAUAGGAGGGUCAACAAAAUCGUACAAACUCCUAGAUGUACUUUCGGGUCAUGUAGGGGCGAUUUCGUGUUUAGCGUUAUGCGGCGAAUUUGUGUUGAGUGCGUCUCAAGGAAAGGACAUUAUUGUAUGGCAACAACCCGAUUUACGGCUUUUUACUAAGUUUGGUGCAGGAGAAGGCUCGGUCAAGGCGCUUGUUACGGUUGCCAAUAAAGUGUUUACGGCCCAUCAAGAUAGCCGAAUUCGGGUGUGGAAGGUGUCUAAGAGAUCGGAGAACGUGUUUCGACUCGUGGACACGCUUCCUACGACGAAGGAUUAUCUAGGAAAGUGUAUGAAACAGAGUAAUUAUGUACAAAUUAGAAGGCAUCAUAAGAAGUUAUGGAUUGAACAUGCUGAUAGUAUAUCAUGUUUAGCAGUUGAAAAUGGGUUAAUUUAUUCUGGUUCUUGGGAUAAGACUUUAAAGGUUUGGAGAUUAUCUGAUUUAAGGUGUUUAGAGUCAAUUAAAGCGCAUGAUGAUGCAAUUAAUGGGUUAAUUGCUAAAAAUGGGGUUGUUUACUCUGCUUCUGCUGAUGGGAAAAUUAAGGUAUGGGGUAAGGAGUGUAGUAAGAAAAACUCGAGCUCGAGUUUGCAUAGGUUGGAGGGGGUUCUAGAGGGUCAUAAGGAUGUAUCAAUGAAUGCCGUGAUCGUGUCCGAUCGCGGGAAUGGGGAUGGGGAUGAGAAUGAGAGGGUGUAUGGAGGUGCAUCAGAUGGGUAUUUGAUGGGGUGGGAAAGGGGAAAAGAAGGGGAAUGGAAGUUGGUAGUAGAGGUAAAAGCACACCAAUUAUCAAUUUUAUGUUUAAGUUUUAUGGGAGAUAAUUUGUGUAGUGGAUCAGCUGAUAAGAGUAUUUGUUUAUGGAAAAGAGAUGAUUAUAAUUUGAAAGAUGGAUUAAAAAGUGGGAUUAGCAAAAUUGGGGUGAUUAGAGGGCAUGAUGGUCCAAUUAAGUGUUUACAAGUAUCACCUAAUUGUGUUGGAGGUGGAUUUUUGUUGUAUAGUGGAAGUCUUGAUAAAAGUUUAAGAGUUUGGUGGGUUUCUAAGGAUAUUAGUGAUGAAGAAAAACAUUGAUUUUCGUACAAGAUUUCAUCAAUUUUAAUUUUUUUUUGGGUGUUUAGUUUUGGUUGAUUAAGAAGCAUUGGUCAUUAAUUUUUGAGAAUGUCCAAUGCUUUACAAGUUGAUAGAUACAUUUUUUAUUUUAUUGUUUGGUUUUUUGAUGUGUUCUUCUUGUAUGGUUGUAUAAGGUGUGGAGUUUGUAAUUGGUAGUUUGAUUUGUAAUUUAUUUAUUUAUUUAUUUAUUUAUUUGUUGAUGACAAGAGUUUUGGUUUACACUAUCCAUUAAGGAAUGUUACUAGUGAUGGAUAGUCUAUUGUGUUGAUGUGAUGUAUAUAUGCUCUUAAAUUGCCGUUAUACUUUUAUUUCAUUAGAGGUUGUAAUGAUUGUUAUUAUGAAUGAAAAUUCCUUUGUCUUGAACUAGUUGUCUUAUUUAUUUUUUAGCGAUUCUUUAAGAUUUUAUUUGAACAGUUGAUAGUGGAAAAUGUCUUGACAUAUUUUUAAGGACACGUUACAAAUUUUUUUAAUAAAGAGGGCAACUUGUUACACCUAAAAAAGGCGAGUUCAUAUAUAUGCCCUUGUAGGUUAAACAAACAUAGCAAAUAGAG